AUGUUCGGCGAGCUGGUGUGUGGGCCUCCCGGAAGUGGGAAGACGACCUACUGCGAGGGGAAACGGCAGUUCCUUAGUGUCUAUGACCCAACACGGCCUGUUGCCCUUGUCAACCUCGACCCGGCCAACGAGGACGUGUUCCCGUACCCGUGCGAUGUGGAUGUACGUGAGCUGAUCUCUCACGCGCGCGUCAUGGCGGAAGAGGGGCUUGGCCCCAACGGCAGCUAUGUGUUCUGCGCGUCCGUGAUGGAGCGGAACAUAGACUGGAUCAUCACCAAAAUUGAGGAGGCAAUUGAGCGGCGCCUGCGCGAUGUGGCUGGGGCAACGACAGCAACUACGUCGUCUACAGCAGUAGCUGCAUCAUCUUGUUGCCGCGCACCCUACCUCAUUGUGGACUGCCCGGGACAGGUGGAGUUCUACAUCGGUUCGACCGUGAUGCACGCUCUCUUCAAGGCACUGCAGAAGAAGCUCUGUUGUUCGCUCUGCACUGUUCACCUCGUGGAUGCCGGCGUCGCCACGCGUGACGUUGCGACCUAUGUGUCGAGCUGCCUGCUGAGCAUCACCACUAUGAUUGACCACGAGCUUCCGCACGUCAAUGUCAUGAGCAAGUGGGACACGCUCUCGGCGGAGGACGUGGAGGAGGGGGAGGUGUACCUGCGUGCCUCACAAUUCAUGGCGGAGGACUUCGACCGCCUGUGGAAGAAGCAGCUGCGACGGCGGCGCCGUGACCACCGCAGAGCGCAGCAGUACCCCACUGGCUCGGCAAGCAGCCCCCGCGUGGACCCACAGCGGGCGGCAAGGGAUGAUGCGGAGGUGGAGGCGAUUGACCUCCAGAAGGACGGUGGGCAACUGUACCACUACAGCAAGGCUGUUAUGGACGUUGUGGAUGGGUAUGGACUGGUGGGGUUUCAGCAGCUCGACGUGCAGUCGGAGGACAUGAUGCUGCGGCUCACCCAGCAGAUUGAUGAAGCGGUUGGAAACUUUGUCUAA